AUGACGCAACAGAAACGUCAGCCCACAACCUCCAAGCGCACCGCAUCUCCCCACGUCGACUCGCCCUCUGCAGCUGGGACAAAGGAGGAGCCGCCCAAGAAGCGUGGUCGUAUGACUCGUCGGUCGAUGGCCGCCCAGGCCGAGGAGGAUGCUAUUGCCGCUGCCAAGGAACGGAGUGAGGAGGAUCAGGAGGAGAACGGUGAUGAUGGUGGGGAUGCGGGUGAGGAAGAAGAUGAAGAGGAGAGUUUGAUGGAUGGGAAGGGGGAGAAGACUGCUGCUGGUGAGUCUGACAAGAAGGAGAGCAAGAAGGUCGAGGAGGAGAAGGAUGAGGGCGAUACUCAAACAAAGGCCAAAAAGGAGGAGCCUCAAGGAAAUGACAAGAAAGCAGUCAAGAAGGAGCCCCACGACGAUGAUGAGACCAAGCCUACCACCGUCAAGAAGGAGGAAGACACGGAGGACAAGAAAGAGAUACUCGAUAUCCCACAGCAGAUGGUUCUUGAGAAGGGCCAUGUAUAUUUCUUUUACCGGCCCAAGAUGAAUGUCGACCAGCCCUCGGGCGUGGAUGACGUGCAGAAGUUGUAUAUGUUGUUGAGUCCCGAUGAUGCUGUUGGCCGUGUCUCGACUUCGGCCGAUUCCAAACACGACGGACCAUCAUCUGUCGAGAAAUCGAAGGGUGACGUUGACGGUGGUGAUGAAGGGAAGAAAGUAAAGAAGGAGGACGAGAGUGAAGGCGCGUUGCAUCGAUUGCUGAUCAUCCCUCGCAAGGCCCUCCCCGUCUACGACCCCAACGCCAGUGGUGGCAACAACAAACCCGGAUCUAGGAACUGGGCAUUCGUCGACACUGCUUCCUCCAACCUGGCGACCGUCGAGUCCCAUCUCCAAGAAUACAGCUACACCACCAAGACCCGCGGCGACCGGACUCAGGCCGCUGCUCGGUUCAUUGCCCAAGCCCGCUACGAGUUCAUCUUGGACCAUGUCAAUCCAGAGCACCCUCAACGACAGACUUCGUAUUUUGUCUACGAGCUCGAGGUGCCUACGACUCCAGGCGCGGUCCAGAAAGCGUUCAAGAUUGCAAAUGAGGGACAAUUUUUGGUCCAGGUCAAGAAUCCUAGAAUUCAGACACCCGCCACCGAGAGAGGAGCAGCGCGGUACGCAACCCUGAAGGGCAAGGCUCCCCAGUUGCCCAAGCACCUACAGGAAAAGUUCAAGGGUGUCAGGAAGGAUGAGGUCCGAUAUGCGCCGAUAGAUUCGAGCGAGUUUUUGGAUGUGGCACACGUAGAGUUGGUGUUCUUGGCGGUGAAGAGGGGGGCGAGGGAGGAGUUUGAGGAGUUGCUGAAAGAGUUGGAGGAGGAGGUUGAGGAGGAUACGGCUGGGUGGAGCGAGAGUGAGGGCGAAGGUGAGGGCGACGGCGAAGGGGGAGUGGAUCAUGUGUACAAGGAGUUGGAGAUUGAUGAGAAGACCAUCCCUGCUGCUGUUGACGAGUUCAAGUGA